UAUAUACCUCUUACUGGAAAUUUCGCCUAUCCUUCUGUUCAGUCAUUUCCAUCUAAGUUCGCCGUUGUUCCUAGGAGCUUACUGCAUUCAGCUAUUUUAAACCAUGUCCGCCCACAUUUUCAGUCAUCAACAUCAUAUCUCAAUCGGCUUUUUCCUUCAGAACUUUAUCAGCUACUACAAGUACUCUAAUAUCCCAUGGCACCCAGAAGGACUGAUAACCUAGAAAUGGAGAAGAAGCAUUUGAAAGUGAGGGCCAAAGUCAAACAACUGAAAGCCGAGAUGAGAAAGAUAAGGGAAGAUCAACGAUGCAUAAGAGAGGAGCAGAUAAAAUUAACGACAAGGUUCGAAGAGAUGGAGAGGCAAUGUCAUGAGCUGAAACAAGAAGUUCGAAUGAUCGCCAAACAAUCAGCUAUUACUCGACUCAAGAUGGGUGUCAUGUUGGGAAUCUUGAAAGCUCGUGAGGGAGGAGAUUUGGUUCAAGCUGCUACUCUCACUCGCUUCCUUGGACAAAUUGUUGCCAUGGAGAAAGUAAAUGCAAACUUGGCUCUAAGUCAAAGAUGAAGAAGAUGAAACAUAGACAUAUUUGGUGAUUUUAUGGAGCAGAACUUGGAGCAGAACUUGGGUGAUUUUAUGGAGUCUAAUACUACCUGCAGUUUUUUGCUGCCUACGGCAGUUUCGAGGUUGCAUUGGUUUUAGGUGUUAAUUUGUAGUAAAUGUGUCAUCAUUUUGAUUAGGUAACUCAUAUUGUAUUCUUCAAAGGAAAAUGUGGUUAAAAUUUUAAAAAUAAUAUUAUUAAAAGGAAUUGUUAUGAA